AUGGACGACGUGAAGAUCAUUUCUGACAAGUUAAAACAAGAGCUGGCUAUGGACGUGAAAAACGUGUCCGCCAACCAGAGAAAGUUGAUCAGUGUGAUGGACGCCCGACCUAGUUCUGCUGGGCUUGGUCUUCUGGGCGUGGCCCUGGUCAGUCUUGUGUUUGGUAGCAUGGUAGUGGGUGUCGUUAUUAGACUGUACGUGUGGCUGAGGGAAAUGAUGCGACGGAUGAUGGUGUUGGUGUUUCUCAUAACUUCCCAAAGUAGAGCUCAAUCAGAUAACUAUAACCCCAUUCCUUGGCUUACUACUCAAAGCACCACUUUUGCACCUACAACCCAUAACCCAACGACUACUUCAGCAACUCAAAUCCCAACAUCUACUUCAACACCACAAAGCUCAACAACUACUUCAACAUCACAAAGCCCAUCAACAUCGACAACUCAAAUCACAACAACUACUACAACAACACAAAUCCUAACAACUACUUCAACAACAAAAAGCCCAACAACUAUAUCAGCAACACAACCCCCUGCAACCUCUUCAACAACACAUAGCCCAACAACUACUUCAACACCACAAACCCCAACAACUACUUCAACACUACAAAGCACGACAACUACAUCGGGAACAAAAAGCCCAACAACUAUAUCAGCAACACAACCCCCUGCAACCUCUUCAACAACACAUAGCCCAACAACUACUUCAACACCACAAAGCCCAACAACUACUUCAGCACCACAAAGCACGACAACUACAUCGGGAACACAUAGCCCAGCAACUACUUCAACACCACAAAGCCCAACAACUACUUCAACACCACAAAGCACGACAACUACAUCGGGAACACAAAGUCUAACAACAGCUACAACAACAAAAAUCUCAACAACAUCGACAACUCAAAUUCCAAUAACUACUUCAACAACACAAAGCUCAACAACUGCUUCUAAAACACAGAGCCCUACAACAACAUUGGCAACACAUAACUCAACAACCCCGAGUCCAAUUGCAGCGCCCACCCCACCACCAUUCUCUUUCCACACGUAUUACCUCGCCCUCCCCCAUACAACAAAUGACCUCUCCAUCUACCCCAAUGCCAACCUGACCGCCUACCUUGAAAUAAGAGGAGAAACGUCAACAAACACAGAGGUCAACAUAACUGUCCAGCAUCCUAAACUCUCCACGUAUACACUCAUUGUAAACUACAGCGCAUUCCAAAGGUUCUAUCUCACCUCUUCUCUGACUCACGUGGACACUGGACGUUCUAAACGUGGAGUCAAGAUCGAUGCUGUGUACUGUGUUCAAGUCACACUAUUUGCGAUCCGUGAAAGUUCUCAGCCCGUAGCGUUUAUCAUCAACGGGACGAGAGUUAUCGCCCCUGAAGCGAUUAGUUUCACAUUGGACCAAUCAGAGGUUUUCUUUCUGGAAACCUCUGGUGACCUGACCGGUUCAAAGGUCAUGGCAUUGUACAAAGUUGCGGUGUUCUUGAAAAACGACAUUUCCUUUGAACAACUGCUACCCGCUAGCAACCAGUGGGACCCGCUAAACGUGUGGACACAAGGAGUUAGUUUGUCUGGUUUAACAGGGAGAUUAGACGCUGUCUAUGUUGUGGCCAGCAUUUAUGAUGCAAAUGUUUUAUGGAUUGGGAACAAAAAGAACUCGUACGCAGUUUUCAACAAGGCCGGCGACUCGACGUUCUUCACGUUGUUAAACAACGUGGUCAUCAACAACACCAAAGCCAUCUCCUUCUUGAAGUUUCUAAGAGGCAUAACUAUGUUAAACAGGACCGUGGCUUGUGCCUCCACCGUCCCUCACCCCAGUUUGUGGCGAGCCGCGUACAUCUUGCAGAUCAGUCAGCCGUUUUUGAACAACAAAAUUACAGUUACGAUACUAAAGGGAGGAAACUUUUCAAUCUUUGACAAGCCCCCAAUUGAUACAAACAUUAUAAACCAGAACACCACGAUACCUCCCCUAUCGAGUCAGAUCAGCAUGCCAGCUUUGAUCAAGAUGAACUGUUCUAUGGUAGAACAAGAGAUGACAACAGCCAACACUUCAUCGACAACAUCCAGUACACCUACUGUAAAUAACUACACAGAAUCAACAUCACGCCCAACAGAGCAAGGGGAGAUGAUCCAAAAAUGUUUGGAGAGAGUGACCUUUCUGAAGUCCAUUGAAAACUUAACGGUGAACGAGGUCAAGGUCAUUGCUGAUAAGGUGAAACAGGGCUUGGCCAUGGAUGUGAAAAACGUGUCCGCCAACCAGAGAAAGUUGAUAAGUGUGAUGGACGCCCGACCUAGUUCUGCUGGGCUGGGUGUUUUGGGCGUGGCCCUGGUCACUCUGGUCCUGGGCUUAAUUUUGAUUGGAGACGUCAUUAGAGUGUGCGUUUGGCUCUGGGGCUUAGUCAGAAAAUAG